AGGUCCCCAGCAGUCCGGACACUAUAAGAGGGGUGAGCGGCCCCAUUGCGGCACCUUUGCUCCACACAACCAUGCUGGGAGCCGUCUGUCUCGUCGUGCUGCUGGGCUACGCCUAUGGAUGCGGUCAGCCGGCCGUGCCACCACUGCUGAGCUCCCGCGUGGUGGGCGGUGAAGACGCUGUAGCCCACAGCUGGCCAUGGCAGAUCUCGCUGCAGUACAAACGCUUUGGGUCCUGGAGCCACUAUUGCGGCGGGACCCUCAUUGCCCCCCAGUGGGUGCUGACAGCUGCCCACUGCAUCAGCUCUUCCAUGACCUACCGUGUGGCGCUGGGCAGGCAGGACGUGUCAAAGGCUGAUGAGGCUGAUUCUGUAGCCGUGGCUGUGGAGAAGAUUAUCGUCCAUGAGGACUGGGAUUCCUACUACAUCAUCAAUGACAUUGCCCUGGUCAAGCUGGCAGAGGAGGUGCAGGAGACUGACAACAUCCGUGCCGCCUGCCUGCCAGCUGCUGACAAGGUCCUGCCCAACGACUACCCCUGCUAUGUCACCGGCUGGGGAAGCAUGAGGACCAACGGGCCCCUGGCUGAAAUUCUGCAGCAGGCUCUGCUGCCCGUGGUGGAUUAUGAGACCUGCUCCAAGUGGGACUGGUGGGGCAGCGACGUGAGCAGAACCAUGGUGUGUGCCGGCGGUGACGGCGUCGUCUCUGGAUGCAACGGCGAUUCUGGAGGCCCCCUGAACUGCCAGCGCGAUGACGGGGUCUGGGAGGUCGAGGGCAUCGUCAGCUUCGGCUCCAGCCGGAGCUGCAACUUGAAAAGGAAGCCAACAGUCUUCACCCGGGUGUCUGCCUACAUCGACUGGAUCAACGAGAAAAUGAGCACGAACUGAGGACAUGGCAUUGUGGAGAUACCACUGUUGACCAAGAUAAAAGCAAAAAUGCUGAGCUGGUCUUGCUGGUUUUUUGGGAGAGGGAGAUGUACUAGAGCUGGGGACACACAUCCAGGGCUGGGUCUGCUGAUGCCAAGGUCCUGCCUGUGUGCUGGCGAAGGUGUCCCUGUUGUGCAGUGGGGCUGGGCAGGACUCUGGGGAGGCUGUCGGGCACAUCCUGCAAGAUGCUUCCAGUCCUCAAGCCACGGCUGAGGCAAGGGGCUUGAGCUUUGGCAAUUAGUUUGAUGGCAGAGGGGCUGGGGUUUGUCCGGCUCCUUCAGGGGACCUCCAGGGAACCCAGCUGGCCCUUGGGGACCAUCUGGAACACUUGGCAGCUCCCAGGGGGAGCUUUAGGGGACCUCACCGGCACUGCCCAGAUGAGGGCUGACUUUCAGAUGGGGCUCUUGAGGGAACUGGCUUGGCCUUGGGGAGCUUGAGAGUCUGAUAGGUUUGGGAGGAGUCAGGGCUGCCUGCAGGAGCUCUCUUGGAGAUGGAGCCCUUGGCAGCUGCAUGGCACUGCCGGCUCCAACGACAGGACCUGUGACGUGGCCCAGGAGCAGAGCACCUUACCUUGGAUCUCCUUCUGUGGUGGCUGGAGGAACCAGGUGGGUGGUGGGUAGCUGACAGGACCCCCAACUGUGGGGUUGCCAGGAGGAGCCCAGGCUGCCCUGGAGGAGACAGGGAAGUUCUCCAGGAAGAAGGCAGCGUGUUCCAGGUGGGAGCAGGUGUGAAGGAGCUGUCCAGGAAGUGCGU